AUGGGUCAGACAUUAUCGGAACCCGUUAUCGACAAGCGAUCCCACUAUGGCGAGGAUGAGAAGCACAUCUUCGGUAUGUCCGACAUGCAGGGUUGGCGUAUCUCCAUGGAGGACGCACACGCCGCCCUCCUGUCUCUCACUGAAGUCAGUGAUGUGAAGGAUAAGAUCUCAUUCUUUGGUGUGUAUGACGGUCACGGUGGUGACAGGGUCGCUCAGUUUGCAGGAGAAAACUUGCACAAGAUCGUUGCAAAGCAGGACGCAUUCAAGGCGGGCGACUACGACAAGGCUCUGAAAGAUGGUUUCUUGGAAACGGAUCAGGCAAUUCUCGCAGACCCUCGCUUCAGCGACGACCCAUCAGGUUGCACUGCAACUGUUGCUCUUGUCACCGGUGAUGGUCGUCUGUUUUGCGCAAACGCUGGUGAUUCACGAACAGUCCUAGGUAUGAAGGGUACCGCCAAGCCCCUUUCAUUCGACCACAAGCCCCAAAACGAGAAGGAGAAGGCACGAAUCUGCGCCGCUGGUGGAUUCGUUGACUUUGGACGAGUGAACGGUAACCUUGCAUUGAGUCGUGCUGUUGGUGACUUUGAGUUCAAGAAGAGCAAGGACCUUCCUCCUGAGCAGCAGAUCGUUACCGUCUUCCCUGACGUCACGGAGCACACUAUCACCAAGGACGAUGAGUUUAUGGUUAUUGCAUGUGACGGUAUCUGGGAUGUCCUUUCCUCGCAGGCCGUCAUCGAGUUUGUUCGCAGGGGUAUUGCGGCGAAGCAGGAGCUUCACCUCAUUUGCGAGAACCUCAUGGACAACUGUCUGGCUACGUCGUCCGAGACUGGCGGUGUCGGAUGCGACAACAUGACUGUCGUUAUUGUUGGUUUCUUGCAGGGCAAGACCAAGGAGGAGUGGUAUGAGAUGAUUGCGAAGCGUGUCGAGGCUGGCGACGGACCUUGCGCUCCCCCGCGAUUUGCCGAGCACAAGGGACCAGGAUACCACCACCACGACACGAACGCAAACGAGUUUGAGAGUGACGGUAGCGAAGGCGACCACGUCCAGAGCGACAAACCUCAAGGUAGAGUGAUCAUCCUCAACGAUGGAACCGAGCUUCUUACCGAUCAGUCUGACCCAGCUGCCCAAAAAACCGCGGACCGACAUGAGUCGCCGAUGCCUGAUGCGCAAGAGUGA